CCAUUCUCGUCGCGCAUCGCACUCCGCCCCAACAGGUUGAAGGGAUGAGACGUCGAAGAUCAACUGGUUGAUUGUUUGUACCAUACCUUUGGCAGAGUGAGAUGAAGCGCCUGUGAUACUAUGAGGCCGUCUCGCACACUGCCUGCGGAUCGUUUUUGGAGAAAAUUUUACAAUGGCAGAGUAUGAUGCUUACAGUGAUGAGUUUCAUGGGCAGAUUGUCCCCACUGCCCAUCGGCAAUUCCGUCGCGGCAAUUACCGUGCGGCGAAUCCUCAAUCGGGAACACGGCCUAAGACGUUCAGUCAACGUGGCAGCAAUCCUCAGUUGGACCGUCAGCCAGGAAAUCAGCCAAGGCCGUUCAGUCAACGUGGCAGCAAUCCUCAGUUGGACCGUCAGCCAGGAAAUCAGCCAAGGCCGUUCAGUCAACGUGGCAGCAAUCCUCAGUUGAACCGUCAGCCAGGAAAUCAGCCAAGGCCGUUCAGUCAACGUGGCAGCAAUCCUCAGUUGAACCGUCAGCCAAGGCCGCUCAGUCAACGCGGCAAUAAUCAGCCAGCAACAUUUUAUCGGGACCGAGGCGGAAAAUCAUCCGGACUUGGUGGUCGGAAACGGUCCGAGUGUUGUCUAGUCGAUGAACAUGUGGAAUAUAAGCAUAAAGAAGAUACUGCUGAGAGAGAUACUGCUACGUCAGGUAGCAAGAGGAGAGAAAACAGAAGAAAGCGGGAACAUCCCAUGGGAUAUAAAGCCCUAGAAAGUAUGCUUACCUUGUAUCCAGACCAAGUAGUACUGAAAUUGCAAACUGAACAUUCUGGAUAUGAUCUCUUGAUCGGGAAUGAUGAUAUUUGUUAUGAUAAAAUGUGUUUGCUUAUGCAAGUUCUUUGCCAUGCGUCAAAGUCUCAAGUCAGUCGAGAAAACUUGAAUACCCUUCUUGUUAAAACUUUUAACACCAAGUUUAUUAAUCAUCUGAUAAAAUUUUCUAUGGUGAUAGGAUAUCAGCGUGAAGGUGACCAUGAGAAAACAUCCAAAUAUUUUACAGAUUUGUCAGCUGUCCUACAUACAUAUGCUCACAUAAUGCCAACCAGAGCUGUGGAUCAUCUCCUACCGCUGAUCGAUAGUUCAGUUCUGAUUUGCCAAAGGUUAACAUUCCCGGAAAUUGUUAGGCAAAAUGAAGAAACAAAAGCCUUCUUGGAAAAUGAGAAAUUGAUAGUAGAAAAGCAACACAAUAAACAAGGAAAACCAAACACAGAGAGAUGGAUGGAAAAAUUACCUCCUCCAAAUAAUUUCCGAGAUCUACCGGUCAUCCCUACUGCUGAGGACAUCAGCGAUAUAGACGAUCCUUAUUUAAGAGAGAACAUAACUCAAGGAGGUUAUAAAGAUGUUGACCAUUACUUGGAUGUACAAUUUCGGCUCCUGAGAGAAGAUUUUGUAAGGCCUCUUAGAUUAGGUAUUCAAGAGUUUAGACUCGAUACACAUUCAAAAAACUUAGAUAUUAGGAUUUAUAAGGAUGUGAAAGUUGUGGGGAGUGACAUAAAAAAUGGAGAUGUGGUCCACUAUGUUGAAAUACCAUUUAACAAGAAAAUUAAAAUAGAAAACUCAAAAAGACUAUUGUAUGGUAAUCUUUUGUGUUUUAGUACAGACAAUUUUAAGACCCUAAUACUCGGAUCAGUAGCAGAGAGAAAUAUGGAAGAUCUGAAGAAAGGUAGACUUGGUGUCAAAUUUGAAGAUGAUAUCAGUAACCAAAAAAAACUGUGGAUAAUGGCUGAAUCCAGAGCUUAUUUUAUGGCUUACAAGCAUGUGCUGAAAGCUCUGCAAGGAAUUACAACUGAUUCAUUUCCUUUUCAAGAAUUCAUAAUCAAUGUCACACAGGAGAAAAUAUAUCCCAGCUAUUUAACUCCACAGACCACUUAUGACCUUAGGGUAUUUGAACAUUCGAAGAUGAUGAAAAAAUCAGAGACUUUCAACCAGCUCUUUCGCAGCAAAUGUAAUCAGGAUCCCGAAAUUAUGUGGUCCCAAAAUCCUCGUUUACAGACAGUGAGAGUAAUGGGGGAUCUUGAGCUUUGGCCUUCAGUGGGGGAUCUUGGUCUGGAUGAGUCUCAGCAUAGAGCUUUGAAGAGUGCACUUACUAGCAAACUCGCCAUCAUACAGGGUCCUCCAGGAACAGGAAAAACAUUUAUUGGACUUAAGAUUGCACAGACGCUUCUUCACAACAGUGACUUUUGGAAACUCAAUGGACACUCACCUAUAUUGGUUGUAUGUUUUACCAAUCAUGCUCUUGAUCAGUUUCUUGAGGGAAUUGCAAAAUUCACAAAAAGCAUUGUUCGUGUUGGUUCAAGAACGAAAAGUGACGUGAUCAGUGAUUUUCAAAUAAGAACACUUAUAAAUGCAGUGAAAAGAAGGAGGCAAAUGCCUGAAGAUGUCUACGAGCUGAAUCAGACCAGGCACCAAGAUGCAUUAGCGGCAGAGAAGGAAGUAAGAAAAUGGAAGUCAGCAUUGGAAGAGACUGAAAAUCCACAAGGCAUUCUUCAAAAACAUGUCUUUCUGGCAGAAGAAGUCAUAACAGAUAAUGUUGCACGUCAAAUUCAGAACAUUUCUCUACAUUCCUGGUUGAUGGAUCCGUCAGUCUUUCGGGAAGAAAAGGAAAAUGGAGAGACUAUCCUAGACAAUCCCAGGGCUCCAACAGAGACUCAAGAGGAGGAUGACAACGAAAAUUGGCGUGAUGCUGAGGAACUCAUGGCUGACGAGGAAGAUGAAAGGAUGAUUGAUAUGGAAGACAACUAUAGCACACAGAAGCAAACCACUCCUCGAUGGAUUUUAGACUAUGAGGUGCAUAUAAAGAGCUUAGAGAAGGAGUUUAUGUGUCUAAGUUCUAAAGACCUGGGAGAAAUUGACGUAAAUCUGCAAACUAGAUAUUAUCAGGAGGUAGAAUUACUAACUAAUCGUCUGAAUAUUCUGAGACACGGUCUUCAAACCGUAACACGGAACUCCAGUACUGAUUUAGAGAAAAUGGAAACAAGGUUAAAUAUCAAGACUCUGUCUUUCAAAGAUCGCUGGCUCCUCUACAAGAUAUGGCUCAAGCGAAUGCUUGAAAAAUUUAAGAAAAAAACUGAAAUAGCAGAAAAAGAGUUCCAACGGUGCUCAAAGGCCUUGGAAGAGAUUCGGUGCCAGGAAAUGCUUCAUGUCAUGAGGCACGCAGCAGUGGUGGGCAUGACGACAACGGGGGCUGCACAGAACACAACCGUCCUGCAAGCACUUGAGCCAUCCAUAGUGAUUAUAGAAGAAGCUGCUGAGAUCCUAGAGGCACACGUCAUCACUUCUCUUUCCAGAAGGUGCAAACACCUGAUAAUGAUUGGUGAUCACCAGCAGCUGCAGCCAAGUGCCACUGUAUACGAACUUGCCACUAAAUACAAGCUGGAAAUUUCGUUGUUUGAAAGGAUGAUCAAAAAUGGUCUACCGUAUGAGACUUUGGAUUAUCAACAUCGGAUGAGGCCUGAAAUAUCCUCCUUGCUCGUCCCAUCCAUUUAUCCGCACCUGAAAAACCAUUCGUCAGUCGAUGAGUACCCUUGUAUCAAGGGAGUCACUGCAAGCCUCUUCUUCAUUAACCACACUCACCAUGAGGACAAAGGCAUAUCUGAUGACAACAACAGUCGUCAAAAUACGUUUGAAGGUGAGCUAAUCAUGGCUCUUUGUCGCCACCUGAUUCUGCAAGGUUACAAGUCUGACAAUAUAACUAUCCUCACACCAUACUCUGGACAGUUCUUUCUCCUCAGAAAGUUGCAACGGAAACAUCAUGUCUGUCAGGGAGUUCCUAUCUGUAUUGUGGAUAAUUUUCAAGGAGAAGAAAAUGACAUUAUACUACUGUCUCUUGUGCGCAGUAAUGAGAAAGGUCAAGUAGGAUUUUUACGGAAGGAAAAUCGAGUUUGUGUGGCUCUUUCACGAGCAAAGCAUGGCCUCUACAUCACAGGUAACAUGAGUCAGCUGACUGCUGCUACAAGGGGGGAAAAUCUUUGGACAAAGAUCAACGAAGAUCUUAUAAGAAACAAAGCAAUAGGCAGUGCCUUAACACUGCGUUGUGAAAACCACCCAGAACAUCUAACUUCAGUGUCAAGUGGUGAUGACCUCCUAGAAAAAUGUCCUGAGGGAGGAUGCUUGAAAGCAUGCUCCACCUUGCUGCCAUCAUGUAAUCACAGAUGCCCUAAGAUUUGUCACAUGACAGAACAAGACCAUACAAAUGUAAAAUGUCCACAGCCAUGCCCUAAAAUGUGCGAAAGGAACCAUUAUUGUCAACAAAGAUGCUGGGAAGCAUGUAAACCAUGCACAGUUUUAAUUGCCAAAACACUUCCGUGUGGGCAUACCCAUGAAGUGAGAUGCCAUGAUUACAAAAAGAAUAAUCUCCCCUGUCCGACUGUAGUUAAAAGGCAGUUGCCACACUGUAAUCAUGAAGUUGAAAUGCAAUGUCAUCGUGAUCCGGUAACAUUUCCGUGUCCCAUUCCAUGUGACAUACGACUUGAAUGUGGACAUCAGUGUCCACGGAAAUGCCACACCACCAUUGAUCCUGACCAUUUGGAGUUCAAGUGCGAACAGCCAUGCACACGCGUACCAGAAGGUUGCAGUAAAGCUCAUCGAUGCCAGAAACCGUGUUGGGAGAAGUGUGAACUUUGUAUGGAAUAUGUUAAGAAAAUCACACAGUGUGGUCACAGACACACGACUUACUGCCAUAUAAAGAAAGAGGAUAUCAUUUGUAAGCAAGACUGCAGAAAAAUAUUGCCAUGCCAACACCCAUGCCCGAAGAAAUGCAGCGAAGAAUGUGGAGGCUGUCUGGUAAAAGUAAAGAAGAUUGUGCCAGACUGUCGUCAUGAAAUUCAAGUUGAAUGUAGCCAGCCUCCUUUGAAGUCAAGGUGUGAAAAACGGUGCAUCGUCACCCUUCCAUGUUCCCAUCCUUGCCGUGCCCUCUGCCGUGAGGUCUGUACAGAGAAAUGUCAAGAACUGGUCAGGACCACUAAUGUCUGUCCAAAGGGUCAUGCUAUAUACCUGCCAUGCCAUCUCCAACACCAAAGUGGAAAACACACCUGGACCUUCUGCAGCGAGCCAUGCAGUGAAAUGCUUGAUUGUGAACAUCCGUGCGGAGGGCAGUGUGGCUCCUGUCUCCAUGGACGGCUCCACAUAGCGUGUGCAAAGAAAUGCGAGAGAUCCCUUCCGUGUGGACAUGUUUGCAAAGCAGCUUGCAGUGCAGAGUGUCCCCCUUGUACCGAUUCUUGCCCUCUGAAGUGUAAGCACAGCCGUUGUAAGAAGAAAUGUGGAGAACCCUGCACGGACUGCCAGGAAAAAUGUCUAAGAAGGUGCAUACACCAAACUUGCACAAAACUCUGCAGUCAGAAGUGCUCAGUCCCACCCUGUAAGGAACCUUGUGAGAAAAAGCUUAGAUGUGGGCAUCCAUGCGUUGGGUACUGCGGUGAUCCCUGCCCGCAUUUGUGCCGUUCUUGUGACAAGGACACACUUACGGAAAUACUAUUUGGCUCCGAGGACGAAGAAGAUGCAAGAUUCGUGCUACUGGAAGACUGUCGCCAUGUGAUAGAAGCCGACGGUCUUGAGAACUGGCUCUCUAAUGAUGUCGGUGAAAUUUCCAUGAAAAAAUGCCCACGAUGCCAGAGCCCCAUCUACAACAACAGACGUUUCCAAGGCUUAAUCUUGAAGUCUUAUGAAAAUAUCCGGCAACUGAAAUACAAAUAUUAUACAGAGGAACCUAAAAUCCAGCAACAGGAUAUUGAACAAAUUCUUAGUGAUGUAUCUAUGUCCGGUUUCCAUGAAGAGGUCAGACAAAUAAAGAAGUCCAUCCGCCAAGAUCCACAGAACGUGGCUUCUAGGAAAAUCAAAUACCUAAGUGACGCCGAAUGGGUUUUAUUAAAGUUCCUAGCCAGCGUCCUGCAAAGGCUUUCCGAAUUGCUCAAGCAGCAUCCUGAUUUAUAUGAUCCUCUGAAAUCAGAAGCUGAGUUUAUACUGACGCGAGCCAUGAGCCAAAAGCUACGAAUUUCUCGACAGAUGAUGGAAGAGAUUACUUGUGAACUGCAACGCAUUGUAGUUCUCCCAGCAUACUGGAAGGUCCUCGAGCGUUUCCUGCAAACCAAACACCAUUAUCUCGGUAGGAUCCGAAAUGAACUUGCUAACUGUUUUCACCCGUGUCGAAAGUUCGAUAGUCAGACGGAGGAGAAAGUCCGGGGCCUAUUGAAAGAAAGUGAGAAAUUUAUUGGCGGCCUUGGGAUAAGUGAAGAGGAAAGGCUGCAGAUCAUUGGAGCUGUUGGACUCAAGCAAGGUCACUGGUACAAAUGCCCUAACGGCCAUAUUUACUGUAUCGGGGAGUGUGGAGGAGCCAUGGAAGAAUCAAAAUGCCCAGAGUGUGGAGAAAAAAUUGGCGGUAGAAACCAUGCUCUCCACGGUAGGAAUAGGCAUGCGGGAGAGAUGGACGGAUCGCACUUUGCUGCCUGGUCUGACCAAGCCAACAUGGCAAACUAUGUAUUUGAUCAUUAAUUGAUUUAAGAGUGAAUCCAGUCUUCUGAAUGUGAAUAUGGUUCAAAGAUUAACACAUAAUUAAAAAUGGAACCUUUAUCCCUCUUUCCCCUCCUUCCUCCCUCCCCUAACCCUAUCCGUUUCCUUUUCUUCUCACAUUUCCUUUCUGCAUCUCUGAGAGGUCGACCCCUCUCAGCUGACUCAAUUGUAACUCGGUGCAUACUGUCAUCAGCUGCCGAGGUCAAACUAGGGGCGGAAAUGAACUGACCACCUUACGCAUCAUCCCACGACUUGGUACGCAUAUUCCUCAGCGGACAUGACCACUACGUCUGUUUGGAUAUGUGACCAACUUAUUUUUAAGCAAUAUAGCAGAUAACAGUAUGAAUUGUAUGGAUUUACUUAUGAUAUACUAAUACCAUUAGAUUGUAGUUAUUACAGAAAUGUGUUUAUUAUUUUAUGCUUUAUUUUACUAAUGAUAUACUUAUACCAUUAGAUUGCAGUUAUUACAGAAAUGUGUUAAUUAUCUUAUGCUUUAUUUUACUAUAUACUCGUAUUUUCUUCUUGAUCGGGUUGUUCAUGAUAGAUGAAUUUAGUCUUAAUACGUUCUUAUAAACUAAUUCGGCUCCUUUUGUUGCCUUUGCUCCUAGCAUAUGCUCUCCUUUCGGGAGUGUAACACUUUUAACUGAAUGAUUCGAUUUACAGCUCUGUCAGCAUUUCACAAGUUAGUUUCGAGUUUUCCCACACCUUCGCAACCAGAUCUAGCAGUUCUCCCAGCAUACUGGGAGGCACUCGAUCGUUUUAUAUUUUAUAUAUACAAAACAAAUCAAAUAUUACAGGAGAUAAAUAGAAUUCGAAGCACGCACAUGCAGUUUCAGUGCACAUGCUUAAAUGCUAUCUACAUUAAGAAUUCCCCAUCACUUCCAUCUUGCAUCGUGAUGUGGGGAAGAACCAUAAUAGUGGAAAAUAUUCACAAAAAAUCUGUGAGGAUAUUUAUAUGUAAAAACAUAGGUUACAUAAUAAACCUCCAAUGAUGGGCUCACUGUAACAUACAGACCCGAUGUUAAAUUUGCAUUUCAGUUCCUUUUAUAAAUCUUUGUAUGAAUUACCCCCUUACAUCGUAAUGGUCCAUCCUGUGUGUGGGGACAUACUGUACAGUUGAAUUUCCAUGUAUCGGAGAGUCCUUGAAUGUGAAAUAAAGGUUAUUAACUUUAAAAAUAAAAGUAAAUGGGGA